AAAACCGCAAUUGAGACGAGCGGUUUUAUGGAAUGAUAAGUCUUUGCUGGCUGGAAGUACAUAUAAAUUGGAUCCAUCCGGAGCCGGAUGAAUUGAGUUAGUGUACCGAUUUGCUCGGAAGUGGAGUUAGGAUUACAGAUAGUUUUGUGCAGUAGAAGCCCCCCGUCGGACAAAAAUAUGCGAGCGAUCGUACUCGUCACCCUGGCCUUGGCGGUCAUGACCGCCACGGCCGCUUCCGUCCGCCAACGGGUCCCCAACAAGGAACUGAGCCGUGCGCUGAUGCAGCAGGUCAUGACCAAGCGUUUCACGCCUACCAAACCAGCCGUCGAUGACCCCGCCAAGCGGCUGGUGAUCGAAAACUUCUUCACGACCCGCGUCGAUCACUUCAACUCACAGAACACGGCCGAGUGGACCCUGCGGUACUUUGCCGUCACCGAUAACUACAUGCCCGGAGGACCGAUCUUGAUCUUCCUCGGAGGCAAUCAACCGAUCGUCACCUCCAUGGUCGACGAGUCGACCCUGAUCUACGAUAUGGCCCGGGAGAUGAACGGCGCCGUCUAUGCUUUCGAAUCUCGGUUCUACGGCCAGAGCUGGGUCACGGAGGACGCGAGCACUGAAAACCUGCAUCUCUUGAACACCGAUCAGAUUCUGGCUGAUCUUGCAGAGUUCGUAACUUACUUGAGGCGGGAGGUCCUGAAGAACGAAUACGCCCCCGUUAUGGUUGCUGGUAGCGAAUUGGGCGGAGCGUUGGCCACCUGGUUCCGCGUCCGUUAUCCCCAUUUGGCUACUGCAGCUUGGUCAUCCAGUGGACACCACCAUGCCGAGAUGGACUUCAUGGAAUUCUCUGAAGCCUGGGGACAGACCUUGAUCGAUUACGGAAGCCAGGAAUGCUAUAACGAUAUCUUCGUGGCCUUCCACGUGAUGCAGAAUCUAGUCGACAUUGGUUUGAGCAAUAUUUUGUUCGACAAGUUCAACAUCUGUACGCCCAUUGAUCCGGAGAACCGUAUCCAGGUGAUGUACUUCUUCAGCGUUUUGAUGACUGCCAUCGAAAUCUACACCCUUCGUAACAGAGAUCUCAACGAUUUCGCAGAAGUCUGCCAGGACAUCACCGAUGAUGACUUCCCGACGGCCUUGGACGCCUUUGCCAACUGGUUCAACACCAAAUUCGCCGAAGAUAUCGGCUGCGUUGUGACGGACGUCGAUGUCAUGGUUGAGGCCUUCAGCGAGUCCAACUGGAACGAUGCUUUCACCAUGAUGGGUGCCCGCCAAUCCCUGUACCAGAUGUGCAACGAGUUCGGAUGGUUCUUCACGACGGAUUCGGACUUCCAGCCGUUCGGCAGCCGUGUCUACCUGGAGCUGUACUCCGAAACGUGCCGUAUGGUGUUCGGCGAUUGGAUCAGCUACGAGUCGAUCUACUACGCUACGCAGCGUGCCAACAAUCGAUUUGGAGGAAAUGAUCCACGGGUCACCGAGAUCCACUUUACCAAUGGUGCUGCCGACCCGUGGCGUAAGAUUAGUGUCACUAGCGAUCGUAAUGCGUUUGCUUUGGCUGACGUGAUCCCAAGAGAGUUGAGCGGUUCGGACUUGCCAGCCAUCUCUGAUAGCGAUUCCGAGGAAUUGGUGGAGGUCAAGCGUCGUGUCAAGGCACUCAUGAGCACCUAUUUGUACCCGGGAGCUCCCCGAAAAAUGGCCAAGUCGGAAGAUGUUGUUGCAUAAGAUUGCGCUGUUCGUAUAGAUGAAAUAAAAAUGAAUCCUUGAAGAAGUUAGGUACUCUAAGAAUAAUAUUACACGAUGAUUAAAUUUUGUUAUUCGAAA